UAAGCAGGGGGCCCGAGGCCCGUUAACCUCGUGACUACCCCGGGGCCCGUUAACACCCGGGGUAGAUAGCCCACUAUACAAAGCCCAAAGUAAGCCCAGCCCCAUAAGCCCAAAUCUACUUCCCAGGGGGUCACCCAUCAUUUCUGCUACUCCCAUGCCAGCACGCUUAACUCUUUAAAAUUCCUCCAAAUUUGCAUCUUCUGGGGAUCGAACCCGGGUGGUGUGGUUCGCCAAUCAACCCUGUGACCAUCUCUACAGGGGGAACCACAAUAUAUAUAUAUAUAUAUAUAUAUAUAUAGACAUAUAUAUAUAUAUAUAUAUAUAUAUACAUAUAUAUAUAUAUAUAUAUAUAUAUAUAUAUACCACCUCUACGGAUCAACAAGCCAGAAUGGCGAGAGCUCUGUCCAUGAACUGUGGUAGUCUCCCCUUCACCUACUUGGGAGCUACCCUUCGUAGGGGUAUUCUUAAAAAAGAAGACUGCAAUGGUCUUUUGAGCCAUGUCUACAAACACCUCUCCUCUUGGUACAGCCGAACUCUCAAUCAAAUGGGAAGAUUAAUCCUCAUAAAACACGUCCUCUCAUCCAUCCCACUCCAUCUCAUUGCCGUUCAAUCCCUCCCAAGAUCCAUCAUCAGAACUCUACACUCCCUUAUGGCCAACUUCCUUUGGGGCCAUAAGGAUGGUAGGGCUAAAUACCACUGGAGGAACUGGAACUUCACAUGCCAAAACAAGAAUGCAGGUGGCCUAGGGAUCAGGGACCUUAUUCACAUUGAGACAACAUACUCUCUCAAACUUUGGUGGAAAGCCCAGCACGAUCAACGUCUAUGGGCUAAACUUGUCAGAGCAAAGUACAUGAAGAACGGUAACAUCAAGGAACGCCUCCCAGAUUCCCCAACUUGGAAGAGAAUUUGUAGAGUACACUCUCAUGGUACAACUCAUAUGCAUUGGAACAAUGGACAAUCACUUUGGGAUAAUGGACAGUUCUCCCUCAAACUUGCUUUUAAUGCCACUGAAGAGAAACUCCUGAUCUUCAACAACUGUCUUCCUUUCCCCAACAACCUCAGAAGAUUCAACCUGGCACUACCUAGUCGUUGCAGCUUCUGCCUCAACAACGAGGAAAGCUUGGAUCACUGCCUCGUGAACUGCACCGAGAGCAAAAAAGUAUGGAACUUUUUUGCACAUCUAGUUGAUGCUCCCAUGCUCACCUCAAACCUGCUGCUCNUGGAAGGCGCGUAACGCAUAUACAUAUGAUGGGAUAAAGAUGAAUCCACACGGAACUAUCCACCAAAUACGCAAGCUCAUUCAAGCCUGGGCAUGGACUCACCGGCAAAAGAAGUGGUUGAUUCAUGACAAAGACUUUGAUGAUUGGGAGAUUGAUAAAUUCUGGCGGAAAGGAUCAAGACAUCAGCUUCAUUCUAAUUUUUAGACCUCUUUUGUAUUUUGUUUUCCUCUCAGAACAAUGGUUGUAACUCUCUUUAUCUCAAUAAAGUUCCUUUUAUUAU